AUGUUUGCUCCACAUGCCACCCUGUCCUCCUCCCAGUGGGAGUCUGCUGGGAGCAGGUAUGUGAAGUUGGCCUCCACCAGCCUGGAGGAGGGACUGAACCAGACUCUGCAACAGGCGCUGAGGGAACUUGACCUGCCUGAAACACAGGAUGUGCCACAGGGUGUGAAACACUCAGACUUAUGCAUCUGUGUUUUGGGGUCUCCCCUACCCUACCUCCCCUUCCUGCUGGAGGCUGGACAGAGGAGUCCAGGAGAUGCCCUGCUGUGCUUCUCACCUUCUUGGCUCUCAUGCUCCUCCUCCUCCCUCCUGGUUCACAAGGCUGUCACCUUUGACCUUGGGGGACGCACAUUCCUUACCAGCUUCAAUCCCCCUCGGGUGGUCACCUACUUCCUGUCAUGUGACCCUUUCUCUGCGGAGGAAGUAACCCGUGGAGUGGAUUGCCCAAUGGGAACGUCUGGAUCCCUGGGGAUGUUUUGGGGGGAUGUUCUGACUAGCAGGUUUCUGUUGGAGAAAGCUAAGAUCCACACUCCCACGACCCUGGCAUUACUGAUGCCUUCGGAACAGACAGUCCUAGAGGAGGGCACCAUGGGAGGGCUAGAGCUUGUGCACCUGGCAACAACAGUGAAGGAUGACCUGAAUUCCAUUAGAAACAAGGUGGAUUCCUUCCUGGACUCAGAGACUAUGAGGCUCUCAGACAAGGUGGUGCUGAGAUGCAGCGGAGGGAGGUUUGUGAGCCAAGGAGCAGCAGCCUCCACCCCCAUUUACCUGCCCAAAAGCAACAGAGACGAGGUGUGGGCCAGAGUAGAUGAGUUGCUGCCAAGCCUGCUCCCUGGAGAGGCCGUUCUCUUGGAAACCUAUUGCCCCCCACUGAAGCCUGGAGCUCGAGUAGAGACCCACUCUUUGGAGGAGUACACUGACUGCAGGGGUCCAGACCUGUCCUUCAGAGUGUGUGCCAUUGUUACUCGAUCCCCUCAGAAUGUCCCUCUCCUGUACAAGAUGGUGUGCAGAGUGGGAGCAUCUGACACCCCUCUGUCUCACCACCAAUCUCUGAGUCAGUCCCUGGAGACUACACUGUCAGAGUGUGGCUUCACCGACCCUGCAUUAGCUGCCUCCAUCCGUCGCCUGGCAACCAACACCGCCCUGGACUGCCUCCGUGUUAUCAUGGAAACAGAGGCAAGCAUGUCCUCUGAAAGCCGUGGUGGACUCUCGGCACAAACGGACAUGAUAGGAGUGGACCUGAUCUUCACAUCUGACGGUUCCACCAUCAAACCAGUUGUCCUGGGCUUCCAUCCAUCCCUCUGUCUCCAGUCCUCCAUCCCAGAGCAAAGGACAGUAAAGGAAAUAUUUGACCGGGAGACGGAAGCAUGUCGGGGCACCCUCCUUCUCACACCGUUCACUCGCUCUCAGUGCUACUUGAUGCAGGAGAAGACAGUGCUUGUGGUGGGAGCAGGGUCUUACAGUAAGAAGUUUAUCUGGGAGGCGGCCAAGCACUACAAAAUCAAGAUUCUUCUGGUGGACAGUGACCCAAAACACUUUGCAUCAAAAAUGGUGGAUCACUUCUUGCCCCUGCCUGACCUCCCAGACCAUCGUCGGGAUGACCAGCACUGCAUCUAUAUCUGUGAUUGGCUGUCCACCUCUGGACUUCAUCCUGAUGGCUGUGUAUGCUUCUGGGAUGACUGUGUGGUCUUAACGUCGCUGAUUUGUGAUAGGCUGGGGCUGAGAGGGUCACAUACCAUGGCUGUUGGCAUUGCCAAGGAGAAAAGCCGUACCCAUCUGCACCUCCUGAGUCUGCUGAUGUCCACAGGGACCCAAUCAGUCUCUGCUGAGCUGCCCACUGGCCAGGCGGAUAGCCAGGUAGACCUCAAGAAUGGACCCAGAGGAGGGAUCAUCAGCAUGGAAGGAGACAGCUUGAGAGCAAUGCCUGAUUUUAACACUAUCAAUCUCCUUAAUGGGAUCACAGACAAACCUGAGAACAUCUGUGCUCACUCCUCACCAUCUCCGUCCCUUUGCUUGUGGCCUUCUUCUUCCUCAAUGUCCUCAGGUUCAUUCCAUCCAUCGGUUCCCCUACUCUCCCCCUCUCCCAGUUCCUAUGCAGUUCCCUGCCUCCAUGUGGAGAGUGCAUUGGACCUGCAGAAAGCUGCCCAGGGAGGACAGAGGCUGCCAGGGGCUACGAGUAUUGGACUGGUCAGGUUCCCUGCUGUGAUGAAGCUUGAGUACGGAGCAGGAGCAGUGGGCGUCAGGAAAGUAGGCUCCCUCUCAGAGAGUCUUGCACAUUUUGAACGCAUCGCAGGUGACCUGAGAGAGGAGACAGACUACCCAGGUAUUGGCCUGGGCUGGGGCAACGCCAUGACCCUUAUGGAGUAUGUGGGGGGCACCGAGCACGAUGUGGACCUAAUGCUGUUCAACGGCCAACUGGAGGGGGCCUUUGUGUCUGACAACGGCCCCACCCGAGCUCCUACCUUCACCGAAACAGCAGCUCAGAUGCCCUCAGGCCUGGCUCCAGAUAAGCGUGCCCAGCUGAUCCGGGCAGCAUAUCAUGCCUGCUUGGGCUGUGGCCUGCGGGAUGGAGUCUACAAUGUGGAGCUCAAGAUGACCAAGCUGGGCCCACGCCUCAUUGAGAUCAAUGCACGGAUGGGAGGCUUCUACCUGCGGGACUGGAUCCUGCAGCUGUACGGUGUCGAUCUUCUCAUGGCUGCCUUCAUGAUUGCCUGUGGUGUGCGGCCACGCCUGCCCUCAGCAACAGAUCUGCCGGCCAGGGGCCACUUUGUCGGGGUGAUGUGUGUGGUUUCACAGCACCUUCAGGCCUUGAGGAGCACCGCCAGCCCCCAGCGUCUGCGCAGCCUGCACCAGGAGGGAGCGUUGUGGCUCAACGAGCUGGCCGCUGAUGAUGAACUAAUUGCAGGGGAGUACGAGGAGCCUUUCUGUAAUGUGGGGGUCCGAGACACCUGCAGCAGGGAGAGGGCCUGCCAGCGACUUCUGGCCCUCUGUCAGGGCUUGGGGUUGCACUGCCCACCGCGCUAUGACCUGGAAUACUUCCUGUCACAUUUCCAUUAAGUAGAAUUCAGAAUGUAGAGACGCUCAUUGGGUCUUCUGCAUUUAUUUUAUUUAUUUAUUUAACCAUGAUAUGAAAAAGCAGGGCUAAUUUGACAAUAAUUAAUUUAAGGUAAUGUG